GAUAAUUUACAACACAGAAGGAGUUAGCAACAUUGAAGAAUCAUAAGGACUUACCAGGUAUCAUCUAUGAAGUAUGUUGAAAGUUCUGUUUAUAGUUAUUUAAUUGGUUAAUUGAACCAAGUUCUACAGGAAAUGAAGACUGAAACUGAGAACCUUGGGAUUAUUAAUAUUUCCAGAAGAUUUACUAUCAUCUAUGAAAAAUGAUAGCUUUUUCUCUUCUUUUUCUGAAAAGAUUAAUGUACUUAAACAACAAGGAUGCUUCAAUCAUGUUGUGUUGACACACUUUACUGAGUUUAUAGAAUAUGCACAUGUGAUGCCAAGAAUUUAUCAUUUCAUUCAGCAAUUAUAAAGCAAUUAUCACCUAUUACUAACUAAUCAAACAUAGACAAAAAAAAUUCUUUCCUCGUAUUUAGCAUUCAUUUUUGGAACCUGUUUACUGUAAUGGGUAUGCAUAUUUGUUUUGUUGUGGACUCUUAACAAUAAAUAUUAAUGUAACCUCAUAACCAAACAUAUAGAAUUAAGUGCAUAGAAUAAAGUCACAGGUGGGAGGCUCAUCAUAAAUUUAGGUCUCUCAUCAAUCAGCAUGGGGGAUGCUGUAAAACUUAGAACAAAAGAUCUACUUAGCCUACAUAUGGGUAGAGGGAAGAGAGGGUGCAGAGAUGACUUCUAGAGGAGGUAUUCCAAGAAACUGAAAAGAUGUUGGCUAGACAACUCAUAAUAGGAAGGAUGGGAAAUGCAGGAGACAAAUUUUAUCUGAUUCUGAUGCCAAAAUGAGAUGUAGAAUUCCCUCAGGCUUUCCCAGUACAACAAAUGGGACAGAUUUUACAGGACUGUACCCUUUUCUGAACAUCACUUUAUGUAUCAACAGGCAAUCAAUCUCACCUGGGAUGCUGGGGCCAUCCUCCAACUACACAAUGGAAACUCCUGCCACCUUCUUCCUUGUGGGGAUUCCAGGUUUGCAGUCUUCACAUCUUUGGCUGGCCAUCUCACUGACUCCCAUGUACACCAUAGCCCUGGCAGGAAACACCCUCAUCAUGACUGUAAUCUGGAUGGAUUCCACUCUACAAGAGCCCAUGUAUUGCUUCCUGUGCAUUCUGGCUGCUGUGGACAUUGUUAUGGCUUCCUCUGUGGUACCCAAGAUGGUGAGCAUCUUCUGCUCAGGAGACAGCUCCAUCAGCUUUAAUGCUUGUUUCACUCAGAUGUACUUUGUCCAUGGAGCCACAGCUGUGGAGACAGGGCUGCUGCUGGCCAUGGCUUUUGACCGCUAUGUAGCCAUCUGCAAGCCUCUACACUACAAGAGAAUUCUCACCCCUCAAGUGAUCCUGGGUAUGACUGUGGCCAUCACCAUCAGGGCUAUUCUGUUCAUGACUCCACUGAGUUGGAUGGUGAGUCGUCUGCCUUUCUGUGGUUCCAAUGUGGUUCUCCAUUCCUACUGUGAGCACAUGGCUGUGGUUAAGCUAGCAUGUGCUGAUCCCAUGCCCAGCAGUCUCUAUAGUCUCACUGGUUCCUCUAUUAUUGUGGGCUGUGAUGUGGCCUUCAUUGCCUCCUCCUAUGUGUUGAUUCUCAGGGCAGUAUUUGGUCUGUCUUCAAAGAAUGCUCGGUUGAAAGCAUUAAGCACAUGUGGCUCCCAUGUAGGCAUUAUGGCUCUGUACUAUCUACCUGGGAUGGCAUCCAUUUAUGUAGCCUGGCUUGGGCAGGCCACAGUUCCCUUGCACACCCAAGUGCUGUUAGCUGACUUGUACCUGGUGAUUCCACCCACCUUAAAUCCCAUCAUCUAUGGCAUGAGAACCAAACAUAUCCGUGAGAGAAUAUGGCAUUUUGUGAUGUACUGCCUGUUUGAUCAUUCCCAUCAUCAUUCUUGAACACAGAGUAUUUUAGACUUUGAGAUUUCAAUCAAAGAUAUAUUGGAGAGCUAUGGAACUGGAUUUAUUUACUUGGAACUAUGAGAAUUUUAAUACAAAGUUGUAAUGGGUAUCUU